AUGGAUGACAAGCCAAGAAGUGGACGUCCACGUAGAACAAGAACAAAUGCAGCAGUCAAAGCUGUCGCACAAAGAAUUCGUAGAAAUCCACUUUGCAAACAAAAAAUCAUGGCUAGAGAAAUGAAAAUUCCACCAUGUCACGUAUAAAUAAAGAAGACCUUGGCCUUGGUGCUUAUCGAUGAAGCACCGGUCAGCGGUUGACAGACGCUUUACGUCAAAUUAGAGCGACAAGAGCGAAAAAGUUACUUCAGCAGUACGCGAAAAAUGGCCACAGACAGAUACUGUUUACAGAUGAAAAAAUUUUUAUUGUAGAAGAAAUAUUUAACCGUCAAAAUGAUAGAGUUUAUGCUCGCAACUCUCGGGAAGCUGCUAAAAAAAAUCAAAGAAUAGAAAGAGGACAUCAUCCAGCCUUAGUGAUGGUUUGGUGGGGAGUGUCAUAUGAGGGUAUUACUCAACUGCAUUUUUGUGAGCAAGGAGUAAAAACACGCACGGUUAACUACUAAAAUUAUAUUUUAGAAAAGGCAGUGAAGCCUUUAAGUGAUACCUUGUUUGUAGAAAAGAACUGGACCUUUCAGCAGGAUUCAGCGCCUGCACAUAAAGCAAAAACAACAACGCUGGUUAGAGGUCAAUUUACCAGGAUUUAUCGCCGCUCAAGAUUGGCCCUCAGGAAGUCCAGACCUCAAUCCUUUGGAAUACAUACUGUGGAGUAUUUUAGAGGAAAAAGCCUGCUCUAAGCCCCAUCGAAAUAUCGAAUCAUUAAAAGCUGAUUUGGUAAAAUCAGCUGCCUCAAUACCGUUAGAAGUGGUGCGUGCCGUCAUAGACAAGUGGCCAAAUCUCUUUAAGAAGUAUAUAAAUGCAAACGGUGGACAUUUUGAAUAG